AUGGCUACUCUCAAGAACCCGCCCCCGAUAUACAUCACACUCUACUUCAUAGUCACCCGCUUCCUUGACUCUCUUCGCGCAGUCAGGGACCACUUUCUCGCCCUUGACCCCACAGACCUCACUGACGUCGAUCUCGAGAAGCACCUCCUUGCAGCUGAGACCAGCAUAGUCGCUAUAGGUGCUGCUCGUGGCAGUCCUCGCACUCCCUUCUUUGAGGGGUGUUCCCCCUCCCCCCUUGCCCCCUCCUACGCUUCUGCUGCUGCUGUUGGCUUCCUUGGUGCUAAGGAGGUCGGGGCUAUUUCUGCUCCUAGUGGGAAGCGCCGCAGCGGCAAGGGCAAGGGAGGCAAGAGUGGUGGAGGUGGCAGCGGGGGGGAUGGUGGUGGUAGAGGCGGUAGAAGCGGUGGAGGUGGCGGCGGUGGCGGUGGGAGUGGAGGCAGGAGUGGAGGCGUCAGUGGCGGCAGUAGCGGUAGCGGUGGGGAUGGUGGUGGCAGAGGUGGUGGCAAUGGGAGCGGUGGCGGUGGAGGCAGCAGCGGCGGUGGUGGUGGCAGUGGGAGCGAUGGUGGCGGCAGUGGUGGCGGUCGGGGUGGAGCCGUUCAAAGGGGAGGUUCUGGUGGUGGCCAGAGGCAGCAAGAGCAACACCUGCUUAGGAGGGAUGUGGAUAUCCUUGCUCUCGACAAUGAUGCUAUCCUUGCUGCCAUGUAUGCAUUGACUGUUAGUGCUGAGGGUGACUGUUACCUGUGUGUGCCGCCCGACCCAGGUAUAGAGGCUGCUGCUCUAGGUGCUAGUGAGUCUGCUCUCUCUGGUACUGCGCCUGCUAAGGCCUUGCACACCUUCACGCUUAGUUCUUGCACGUUCCACCACUGUUCUCCCGUGUCCGGCGGUUCCGUCUGGCUCACUGUCAGGUCUCUCCCUCCCCUCCCUGCCUCGCCUGCGCCGCCCUGCCUUCCUUGCGUCGAGGGGCAGCAGCGCGCCGCUCCUCACUCCUCCUCGUUUCCCCUGACAAAGGCUCCCCUGCAGACUCUCCACAUGGACGUGUGGGGCCCCGCCCGCGUCCGUGGACUGGACCGCGAGCGGUACUUUCUACUGGUUGUUGACGACUACACACGUUACACCACGGUCUUCCCUGAUGUCCUCAUCCCUUGGAUCCGCGCUGUCCGUCUCCAGCUCCGCGAGCGGUUCCACACGGACCAUGUCUUGCGUCUGCACUCUGACAGAGGUGGUGAGUUCUCCUCCGACCUCUUGUGGAACUUCUGUCGUGGGGAGGGCAUCCUCCAGUCGUUCACGCUUCCGGCCUCCCUGCAGCAGAAUGGGGUUGCUGAGCGCCGCAUUGGCUUAGUCAUGGAGGUCGCUCGUACCUCCAUGAUCCAUGCGGUUGCUCCCCAUUUUCUGUGGCCGUUUGCGGUCCGGUACGCUGCGCAUCAGCUCAACCUCUGGCCCCGUGUCUCCAUGCCGGAGACCUCGCCCACACUGCGUUGGAUGGGGGAGGUUGGCGAUGCGUCGGUGUUCCGGGUCUGA